CUGCGUUUGUAAGCAGAGUAGAUCCUCACCACGGAAGUCUAAAUGGAGAGACCAGAAUCACCAUUCAUGGAGAUGGGUUUGCCAAGAAUCAGUUCUCUUUCGGAGAUGGUAUGGAUCACGUUGGUAAUACAGUGACACUGGUGUCUGGGAAAAGCUCAUACCCCUGUCGUAUACACAAAGAUGGCUGUACUGAAAAGCAGAUCAUGUGCUAUACUCCACAACUUGCUUUCGACAACUACUAUGUUCGUGUGGCUAUCGAUGGAAAGAUGAUAAGUGAUGAUAAACUCUGUAAUGGAAAUCCAGAUCAUUAUAACUGUUUGUUUCAACCCCAUAUACGGCACACCCCUACUCUGCAAACCAUUUCUCCGCGCUCUGGCCCUCCAGGGACUAUUGUCACAAUGUAUGGUAAGCUAUACACUGAUCUCUAUGGAAGCAACCAAGAGAAAAGCUCAAAUGACAACUCUGCUGAUAUCAAGAGAGUCUACUUUGGAGGACAAAAAUGUGAACUCAAAGUGCCAGAUACUGAAUCCAACUCAUUAACUGAUGAACUAUAUGGCUUGGCUCUAGAUGAAGGAAGUGACUAUGGAACACUGAAGUGUAAGAUGGAGGGUACAUACAUUGGCAGUCUCAAUGCUAGUGCUAUUGUCUCAACACCCUAUGGACGCACACAAGCUGACCUUGACAUGCUUCACAUCACUUUUAACAAUAAGAUUGCCAUGUUCCAGACAUAUGCGGAGGUGACUGGAGUUAGCCCAAGCAGUGGCAGUACAUCAGGAGGUACCAGGAUCACUAUUACUGGGAGGCACUUUGAUGAAACUAAUGCUCCAGCUGUAGUUGACAUAUCAGGAUCUCAUUGUGAAGUUGAGUCUUUGUCUGAUACAUCUAUCGUCUGUAUUACUGGACCACGUCCUAGCGACCAGACCAUGUACCCUGGCAACCGUGGAAUCAACAAAGAAAUGUGGAACUCCACUACUGUAUCAUUUAAUGAACUGGAAGAGGUGAUGAACUACACAGAAAACAACCCUCCAAACUACUCCAUUGAGUGGAUGGAUGAAGCUGCAUUUAAAGACACCUCAGACAUUGAUAACUUUGUCACAAGGCUAAGGGGAUUCUUUGUGCCACCUGUCGAUAGUGAAUACAUGUUCUAUAUCAAGUCUGAUGAUACCAGUCGUCUCUACCUGAGCCAGUCUGCUGACCCUGAAAAUAAGACAGAAGUGGCCUAUUGUGAUGGUGCACGCUCCAGUUAUGCAAUGCCGUCUCAGAUGUCAGAAAGAGAAGCAAUGGAAGCUGGCAAGAAGUAUUAUGUAGAGGUGGUACAACAGGAGGGCAAUGGUGAUGCUUCGCUAUCAGUUGCUGUGAAGAUGUUCACCACCAAGUUCACUAGUCAGGAAUCUGGGGAUGUGGACACAGAGAGGCAGACUGUUUUCACUACAUCUACAAUAGUCAAGGAGCAACAGUCAGUGGAACUGGAGAACUGGUCCAGUCAAUCGUCUACAAAUGAAGUCCAGAGAGUAACGGUGAAUGCUGUCAGUGGAGCUAUCAGACUUGGCAUGGAUGGUGUAUAUACAGGUUUGAUUGAUAUAAGUGAUCCAGACUCAGCAACUCUGAUGGCAGAUGAGUUGAGUAAACUGCCUACUGUGUCACCUGCCACUGUCCUUGUCACUGUCAAUCCAAGCGGCUCUUCAAUAGAGUUUGUUGUCACUUUCACAUCUACAAGAGGCUAUUGGCCUGCCUUGACUUACAAAGGGGCCGAUGGAACAGCUAACAUGGUGGUCAUUAAGGAGCUAACCAAAGGGGUUCCAAGUUUAGAGACAUUUCAGCUGGAGUUUGAUGGUGUACCAACUGUUCCAUUAGCCAUAGAUGCUUCUGAAAAUGAUGUCGAGUCAGCAAUCAAUGACUUAUUCAGCUACAGAUGUCCCGAAGAGAUAAUAAAGCCUUCAAAUAAAUACUAUUUUGAAGAUUAUGAAAGCAACUCAUUUGUAUCUGGUACAAAAGAUACAACAGAGCAACCAUUUUGUGGUCGCAGUUCUGUAAAAAAUCCAAACAAGGUCUUUGAAGAUUUCAAUGACCCCAUCUCUCUUUCACAGCACAAAUAUAUGUGUGUGGCUUACAAAGGGGAUUGGAGGAACCUUAUCAGAUUGGACUACAACUAUGUAGAUGCUGACAGAAAAGAACAGAGUGGUUCUGUUUUUAUUGACCAUGAGAUGUAUGCUGAUGGUGAAACUGACCGUGACAGUUGGCAAUACACGUGUGUUGACUUGUACUCAAAUGUGUUUGCUGCUCAUCCAACUGGUAGCUUCUUUGAAGGGACCAGGGUCCGUCUGUUGAGAAACAGUGAUGCUUGGGCAGAUGUCGUUUACAUCGGAAAGAAGCCUCUUGUCCAAACAAGUCAGUUCCCAGAAAUUACACUUUUGGCUGAAAACAUUCCUGAUCAAAUAGUUGCUCCGCCCACCCCAGGGGGUCAGAUGAUUGACUCUGUAACAUUGUCCAAGAGUGGCAACCAGAUGAAUAUCACAAUGAAUGCCCUGGAAUGCUCACAUAACUUCCCCCUGUUCUCUGUCAGAGGUGGCAAUGUUCAGUCUGGUAGUAAAGCUUCUGGUAGUGCAAGUGCUAGGUUUGGCUCCUCUGGAUGGGGGUCUGCUAAAGCUACAACCACCAGGCUAGCUUCUGCCACACCACCUAUUGGAGGACAUUUUACUUUGACCUUCAAGGGAGAAUCAGUUCAAGUGCCUGCUGGUGCCACUGGCGAUGAGUUCAAGGAUAUAUUUCAGACUAUGUCUUCCAGUGGACUGUUGGAAUUGUGGAGAUCUGGCACCUGUUCUGGCUACAGCUGGUCAGUCAGUUUCCUCUCUAAUACUGGAGACCAAGAAACAAUCCAGCUUGAUGGGUCAACAUUGACAGGUAAUGAAGUAAGUGUCAAUGUCCAUACAAACACUGAUGGAGGGGUAUUCCUGAAUCCAGUACAGGGAGACUGGCUCAGAACUGCUCACGCAAUACCACAGGUUUCUGUGGAGAUUAACAAUAUCCCAUCAGCCUGCUCUGGACAGUGUUCUUUUGAAUACACUGAUGCCAAUACACCAUCUAUCAAUGGAACCACACCACAAGAAGGUUCAGCAAGUGAUGGUACAGAAUUGGUUAUUUUUGGAACAUCAUUUGACAGCAACAUGAACAACAACAUGGUGAAUGUGGGAGGAGUCCCCUGUCAGGUGACAGCUGCAACAGCCAAUCAGAUCACAUGUGACAUCGGCAUAGGGCCUGCUGGGAGUGCAGAUAUUGUUGUAACAGUUGAUGGGCAGGGAAAUGCUCUUCACACUGGAGGUCCAUUCACCUUCACCUAUGUAGCUUAUGUGACAGAUAUUGAACCAAAUACUGGAAGUGUAGCAGGUGGAACCAAAAUUGUUCUGAUUGGUACAGGACUAGGACCCCAGGCCACUGUCACAAUAGGAGGCAACCCCUGCGAGAUUAUCAGCAGAAACUACACUCACAUAGAGUGCAUCUCACCACCAGGGGAUAGUGCAGGUUCAGUUGAAGUUCAGGUUAGCCAGUUGAGUGGUGUGAUAACAAGUAGCACUAACUUUGCAUAUGACCAGGCUGUAACUCCGACUAUAAGCAGUAUAUCAGCCAGCUCUGGCAGUGUCCAAGGUGGAGAGAGCAUUGAUAUCUCAGGUAGCAUGUUUGGUGCAUCACCUGUGGAUGAUAAUGCAGUGCAGGUGGCUGGUAUAGCUGCUACCAUUGAAUCCUGGAGUGAUACAGCAAUCAGUGUGAUCCUCCCAGCCCUACCACCAGGUACUCAUCCUCUCGUGGUGGCUGUAGGCCAGGAGGGAUUUGCUGACACAAGAGCAAACAAUAUCCCUGAUAUCAGUGUUACCCUAGAGGUUACUGAUGUUUCCCCCUUAGUUGGUUCCAAAAAUGGAGGCACUAAGGUGACCAUCACUGGUCAGGGAUUUAUGGAUGGCACCCCAAAGAAGGUGACUAUUGGUGACACUGAUUGCUCCAUUAUCACGGAGUCUACUACAGAAAUAGUCUGUGAGAUAGGAACCCCAGGCACUGACCACUUUGUGACUAAUAAUGGAGUUCAUUCAAUUCAUGGAAAAGGUUAUGCCUGGGAGCCUCAGAUAGUGGAUAUCCAAGAAGGAGAUACAGUCAACUGGCAAUGGGCAGCCCCUGCUCUAGUGAAGAAUGUAGGAUACUUGGUUAAUCAGACUGUCAACAGUACAGCCAAGGAAUAUGAUGGCUCAGGAUUCACUAGUGGAGCAGUGAGAACUGCUCAAGGUUCUUUCAAGCACCAGUUCAAUGCUGCAGGAACAUACUACUAUUGGAGUGACUAUGUUGACCUAGCCUUCAGUGUUUUCCUAAGAGGUACCAUCCGUGUAACAGAGAGAACCGCAUUUAAUGGGCCAGUAUCUGUCAAAGUGAAUAAUUUCGAGGCAACAUAUACCAUGGGAGGAGCAGCUGGACGGAGAAAGCGUGAUGCCUGUGCUGCACUGAGCAACACCAUUGAUGGAUGUACCAACUCUGGAGUCUCCAGCAAUAAUUCAGUAGGGUUUGAAUUUGAAUUUACUGAAUGUAGUACUGCAACUGUGACUUCUGUCAGUCCUAAUAGUGGCACCUCAUAUACUAGCAUUACAAUCACAGGCACUGGAUUUGGACCUGAGAUAUGCCAGAACGAUAUUAUGAUUGGCAGUCAGCCAUGUACCAUUUCUGCAGCCUCUGAGACCUCUCUGACAUGUAAUCUUGACCAUGGGGCUGUACAGCAAGUUGGGAUGGCAUACCCUGUUACUGUCACAGUGAAUAACCGUGGUGAAGCAGCUAACAUGAUUGGAGCAACUUUGGAUCGCAGUUUUGCACUGCUACCAGAAGUAACAAGCGUUUCUCCCAGCUCAGGGUCAACUGCAGGUGGUACUGUGGUUACAAUCUCAGGCUCUGGAUUUUCUGCAGCAUUUGAAGAUACUUCUGUGUCAAUCAAUGGAAUUGAUUGUGUGGUUGAUGAUGUCACAUAUACUACUGUGUCUUGCAUUACACGUGCAUCCAUAGAAACAUCUGGUGAUGUCGUUGUAGCAGUGGGUCAGUUCAUGUCAACUUGUGAAGGUACAUGUACAUAUGCAUAUAGUAAUGCUGAUACCCCUACUGUGUCAAGUAUAUCCCCAAUUACAGUCAGUGGCAGUUCUACAAUAGUCUCAAUAGGUGGCACAAAUUUUGGCAGCAAUUCCUCAGCUGUUCAAAUCACAGCAGGUAUGCAUGAAUGCACAAUUACAGACAUUACAGACACCAGCAUCACUUGUGACUUUGGCUAUGUGACAGUUGGGGAGCAGUCGAUCAGUAUUAAUAUUGUAGACAAAGGUAAAGCUGUGACAAGUGUAUCGAGCCUGACCAGUGAAGCUGUUGUAGACUCAUUGAGCCCAAAUCAGGGCAGUGUCAAUGGAGGAACAUUGAUCACCAUACAGGGCAAUGGAUUUGAUGAUUCGAACACUCUGGUUACAAUAGACGGUGCUGAAUGUGAACUAGUGACAGUAACUCUCUCACAGAUAACUUGCACAACGGGUGCAAAUGUAGAUGGAGCAGCCAAAGUGAACAUUGUGUCAAACAGUGUGACAUAUCCCGAACAAGACUUUACCUAUUCUGAUGCCAUAACUCCUGUCGUAUCAAGUGUAAAUCCCACUUCUGGAGGAACUGGGGAUGACAUUACUAUAGCAGGAACUGGAUUCUCCUCUUCAACAUCAGAUGUGUCUGUGAUGAUUGGUACUGCUUCAUGUAGCGUGACAGCAUCAUCAACAACAUCCAUAACAUGCACAUUAGGAAGUAGUCCAUCUGGAUCAUACACUGUAGAUGUUGCAAUUGAUGGUGUGGGCAUUGCAUCUACAUCAACAUCUUUCACAUACACACUCCGAAUUGACAGCAUCUCACCAACUAGUGGUAGUUUGGGAGGAGGGCAGCCAGUGACUGUGUCUGGUGUAGGGUUUGAACCCAGUGAUACCCAGGUGACCAUAUGUGGAGAGGCAUGCAUCGUGGACAAUGAUGCAAGUACCUCCUCUGAUAUCCUCUGUGUCACUCCAAGUAACAGUGGUAUUGGGACUGUCACGUGUGAUGUUGUUCUGUCAUCAGGUUUGUCAAAUGAUACUCUUAGCUCUGGCUACACCUAUGACAGUUCAAUGACCCCUGCUGUGACAUCUGUGUCCCCAGCAAGGGGUGGAACAGGAGGAGGACUCUCAAUUACUAUUGCAGGAUCGGGAUUUGGCUCGAUUGUUGGAGAUGUGAAUGUGACGAUAGAUGGUACAGUUUGUGCUGUAUCUUCAGUAGAGGACACAGCAAUUGUGUGUGUCACUGGUGCACACUCCUCUUCAAUAAAGACAAAGGCCAGGGUGGAAAUAGGAACAAGUGGAAUCGCUACUCAGGAUGGUGCAGAUUUCUGGUACAUUGAUGUUUACUCUUCACCAUACACAUGGGGCGGCAAUGACCCACCCGUUGAAGGGGACUUCAUAGUUGUACCUGACUCCAUGACUCUCCUCAUAGAUGUUGACACACCAAUUUUGUCAUUCCUGCUUAUCCAAGGUGGCACUGUAAUGUUUGAUGACAGCAAAGAUAUCCAUCUUCAAGCUAAUAACAUUCUCAUUGUUGGUGGAGGCUCACUUCAGGUUGGAACUGAGUCAGAACCCUACCAGCACAAGGGCAUCAUCACAAUGCAUGGGCAUCUCAGAUCCUUGGAAUUUCCCAUAUAUGGGACUAAGACAAUAGCUGUCAGGGAGGGAACCAUUGAACUUCAUGGCAAGCCUGUAACUCCAACAUGGACCCAUCUUGGCUCUACUGCAGCUGCUGGUGCCACUUCUAUAACACUCAAUGAAGCUGUAAGUGGCUGGAAUGUAGGGGAUGAAAUUGUCAUAGCAACAACAGGUGGUAGACACUCACAGAAGGAAACUGAGAAAAGAACUAUCACUGCAAUAUCUGGGACAACUUUGACACUAGAUACUGCGCUGGUGUAUGAGCAUCUUGGAGUUUCAGAGACCUUCUCAGAUGGUACAACUGUUCAAUUUAGAGCAGAGGUUGGGCUCCUGACAAGAAAUGUUGUUGUGAAAGGGUCCAGAGACAUGCAAUGGGCUGAUGAAAUCGAGGCUUGCCCUGAUGGCUUUGAUACUGGUGAGUUUGCAACACAAACCUGUUUCCAAGGAAGGUUUGGUGAAGAGAUAGGUUCUGACCAGUUUGGGGCAACAAUUAUGUUGCAUGCUCCUGAAAAAGACCAGGACAUCGUUGCUGGGCAUAUUUCAUAUGCUGAAGUGACAUAUGCUGGACAGGCAUUCCGUCUCGGCCGUUAUCCUAUCCACUUUCAUCUCAAUGGGGACAUGUCUGGAAGCUACGUAAAGGGAUGUGCUAUCCACGAGACCUUCAACAGAGCUGUCAACAUCCAUGGCAGUCAUAAUAUACAGAUUCAGGACAAUGUUGUAUAUAAUGUAAUGGGCGGGGCACUGUUUUUAGAAGAUGGUGUAGAAACUGGUAAUGUAUUUGAUCACAACAUAGUUGUCUUUUGUAAACAGAGUACCAGCUUGCUAAAUGAUGACAUUACUCCAGCAGCGUUCUGGUGUACAAACGCUAACAACACAUACACAAGAAAUACAGCUGUUGGUGGCACACAUUUUGGCUUCUGGUUUCGUAUGCAUGACCACCCUGAUGGUCCUUCAUUUGAUGAAAAUAUUUGCCCAAAACAUAGUCCUCUUGGCUUAUUUGAUGACAACACUGUCCACUCUCAGGGUUGGUUUGGUCUUUGGAUCUUUAUGGAAUGGUACCCAAUGAAAGGUGGUGGGUGCGACGCAACGGAAGCAGAACCUGCAGUGUUCAAGCGUCUCACUGCAUGGAACUGUGAAAAGGGAGCAGAAGCUGUCAGUGUUGGUGCAAUACAGUUUGAUGAAGCCGUCGUGGUAAAUAAUGACAAAGCUGGGCUUGAGUAUAAGAUGACAAAAAAUGCCCUGAAGUACCAUCCAGAUGGUUGCCUAGUUAACAACAGUGUCAUCAUUGCUGAGGCAACAUCAUCAGACUGGAUAUCAUGCACAAAAAAGGGUAUGAUAUUGCCAUGGGAUGCAGGAUUUAUCAUAGCUAACACAAAGUUUGUCAAUUUCAAAUCAGGUAGCUGCACUGCGUUUGCUGCAACACGUAUAGAUGGUACAUGUAUAUUGGAGUGUGGAGGUUGGGAUUAUAUUGCUUAUGGAUUAGAAUUUUUUGAUUCCCCAAAUAAAGCCCUAUUUGAAUGGCCCCAUGAAUAUAUGAUCAGGGAUCUUGAUGGCAGUCUAACUGGCACUGUUGGGGCUACCGUGUCACCUAGUAAUCCGAGUCUGCCACCAUCUUGUAGUGAAGAUUCAGCAUUCAGCAUCGGCAGCGUACCUGGUAGCGUUUGCAGUGACCCCAACACAAAGUUUGUGAGAUUCUCCUGGAACCAUGCAGUUCCCGAUUCCUUAGAGGCAAGAGAUGUACUCUUUACAAACCAAUAUGGAACAACAAGAGUUAAUUAUUUGAAGAAGAGGUUAACACAUAAACUGGGUUGGAUGGUAUCUUUGUUGUCUGGGGAGAGGUACAACAUGUUGUUUGAGCAUGCUGGCCACCUCGUGAACAUCACAUAUGAUGGGAAAUUUUAUGGUCUAAUGAAUGAUGAGUAUGUUAUCAUAGAGCACAACUUCACCCAGGCGCCAGAUAGAUUCAGUCUUAAUGGCCUGCUAGACCGCAAUGUGACUGCUGAAGAACUGAGCUAUUCUAAUGAUAAUGUAUACGAUUAUCACUUUGAUAAAACAACAAAUGAUUUCACAUAUCUCAUUUCUGGUAAAUCCCAGUCUAAACGUGCAGCUAUUGUUGAUGGCGCUAUCGACUAUUAUGGCUCUGAAUUUGAGGUGAAACCUAAAGUUUAUCGGUGUUACUAUGAGGACUGCAUCCCACCUGUUGAUCCUGCCUCUAUACCCCCAGCUUCGAGGCGACCAGACGACUACCAGGUAUGGUCAGACAGUGCCUACUGGGCUGGGUCUUCAUCUAGACGACGCAGGGCUGCCCCAACUGAGGGUGAUGAUGUGCUUAUCAGGGCCGACACAUGGGUUGUAGCAGAUGUGGAACUGCCCUAUAUGCACAAACUGACCAUAAGUGGUACACUUGAGCUUGAGUAUCUCCCUGAUCCUGAAACUGGCAAGGUUCGGGACUUCACACUCAAUGCCACUUAUAUCUUCAUAACUGGUCGAUUCAUUGUUGGUUGGCCUGACACUCCUUACACUGGACUGUGCCAGAUCAUCUUGAAUGGAAAUCACAACACCCCUGACAUGCCCCUGCCUGAUGGACCUAACAUGGGAUCUAAAGUAUUAGGUGCCUUUGGAGGUCUUGAUAUGUAUGGAAUCGACAGAGAUGUAGUAUGGACUAAACUCGCCUCCACAGCCAGUGUUGGUGAUAAUACCAUUACUCUAAUUGAACCUGUAGACUGGGUAGCUGGAGAGCAGAUUGUUAUUGCUCCAACAGCACUCGAUCCUUGGGAGACAGAGACAUUUAGCAUUGUGUCCGUAUCAGAAGAUAAGCUUUCCCUAACACUGAAUGACACACUUGCAUACAGGCAUACAGGGGAGACAGAGACAUAUGGUACAUAUACAGUGUCAAUGGCUGCUGAGGUGGGUUUACUCACUAGGAAUAUACGGAUAAUUGGAGCUGAUUAUGACAAGCUUUACCAACAGUCAUUUGGUGCCAGGGUCAUUGUUGGAACUUUUAGACAAGACGGCACGUUCUACACAGGCUAUGCAAGGCUUAGUAAUGUAGAGUUCUACCAUACAGGCCAAGAGGGUUACGUUGAGGGCUAUGAUCCUAGAUACUCAUUGGCAUUUCUAGAUACUGGAGCAAACACUGAACUUAAACCAUCCUUUAUUUCUAAGUGUUCUUUCCAUACUGGAUUCUCCCCUGCUAUAGGACUAUUUGGUGCCACUGGCAUACCUGUCACAGACAAUGUGAUACAUCACACUGUAGGUCAAGGUAUGAGAAUAGCAGGAUCUGGUCAUGAAGUGCGUAGGAAUUUCCUGUCAUUGAUGAUCUGGCCAGGAUCAUAUCAGGAUCGUUCAGAAGGCUUCAACUAUAACUAUGAGGCCUCUAUUGAGGUACAGGAUGGUGUAGAUAUUGUUCUUGAGGGCAAUCAUGUUGCAGGAUCCGAGAGGGUUGGAUUCCAUAUUGAUGGCGAAUCUUGUUCAGGUAGUUCUAUUGAAGCAUGGUCUAACAAUGUGGCACACUCCUGUAUGUUUGGUGUCUUUAUGAACAAGGAGACCCUUCCUUCAUCAAUGGCAAGCUGUUUGAAAAUCUCAGGCUUUGAUUUGUGGAUGAGUUAUGAUUAUGGAAUAUAUAUCCAACAAGGUAUUAAAGAAACCAGGAUUGAAAAUGUGCGACUCUUGGAUAACCAACUUAGUUUGAUUAUGAUUAAUAAUGGUCCAAAGGCACUUUCACAUGUGGCUGAAGACAAGGUCUAUAAAAUCAGCAACUCACUCUUUGUUGGCACCAGUGCUGCCUAUGAUUGCAAUAUCAAAAAGCAAAAUGAUGAUAACACAAAAAACAGUGGAGCAGCCAGGACAGGUAUUCGAUCAGGACAUCGGGUUGGAUUCUUUUGGCCAUCUUUUCUGUCUACUCAUAAUGCAGGACCCAAAAUGCCUUAUCCAGGAAUGACAUCCUACCCUGCAAUUGCUGGACUGGUCACUGUGGAUUCUGUAACAUUUGCAAACUUUGGUGACAAUCAGUGUGGUGGGAAAGAUGUUGUUAUCAUGACAAAUCCCAGUAAUGUUGAUGGUAUGCACCCAGUUAGAACAAGCAACAUUGAACUUGUAAAUGUAGCUGAGAAAGGAAAAGCCUUUCUUGGCAGACCACUACUCAGCCAUAUUGAUCCUUCAAAUUGUGUUGACAUGGAGUGUGAUGGUAAAAAGAAGGCUAUAUUGGAUGAUCUUGAUGGUACAUUCCUGGGAAGCAUUGGAA